UUUUAUUUAACAGCUGUGAAAGUCUAUGAAGAGUAUAAUCGUGUUGCUGAAAACUCAAGGAAACAGGAGUUAAAGCAAAGGAUGGACGAAUACUGUUGGGAAAUUUAUUUAGAGGGCAUACCUUACUGCAUGAAAGCAGAUAGUGUGUUUGAACUCCCUCCUGAAGUUCAGUUCUCUCUCAUAAAGGGCGGAGAAUUCUUAAGUAUUGCUGUAGCAGCGAUGCUGGAAUUGAAAGUGACACAUUUGGGUAACGAUCCAUACCCUUGGACUGAUUUUGAUUCCAUUUACAAUGAAAUUUGCAGACACAAAACAGAUGUUACAGACUAUGUGUAUAAAAACUGGAGAGAAGAUGAUUUCUUUGGUUACCAGUUUUUGAAUGGACUCAACCCCAAUAUGAUCCAGCGCUGCUCCUCUCUGCCUGUGAACUUCCCUGUCACAGAUGACACAGUCUCUCUGGAGGGUGGGGCCAAACUGACAGAUGAGAUGAAGAAAGGCAACAUCUUCCUGUGUGAUUAUAAGCUUUUGGAUGGAGUGAAGACCAAUACUAUCAAUGGGGAAAAGCAGUAUCUGAUGGCUCCUCUUGUUCUCCUUCACAAAACCUUUGAUGGCGCGCUGAAGCCAGUAGCCAUUCAGCUCAAACAGACGCCAUCAGAGGACAACCCCAUCUUUCUCCCAGCCGACUCAGAGUACGACUGGUUACUGGCCAAGACCUUUGUGAGAAGUGCAGAGUUUAACUACCAUGAGAUUAAUGUGCACCUGCUGCGCACUCACCUGCUCGCUGAAGUCUUUACUGUGGCUUUAAAGAGAAACCUGCCCAGGGUGCACCCUCUGUACAAGCUUCUCAUUCCUCACACCCGAUACACUCUACAAAUGAAUGUGCUGGCCCGACAGAGACUUAUUUCUGAAGACGGUGCCCUGUCACUUAAUAGUGCCCCAGGUAAAGAGGGUUUGGUGACCAUCCUUCAGAAGGGCCUGUCCUCCCUGACCUACAGCUCUCUGUGUAUCCCAGAUGACAUCACAGAGAGAGGAGUGGAGUCUGUGCCCAACUACUACUACAGGGACGACGGUCUCAGGGUUUGGGACAUCAUUCACAGGUUUGUGAAAGGAGUGAUUAACCAUUACUACAAAAACGACAAAGAGGUCCAAGACGACUCUGAACUGCAAGCUUAUAUCAUGGACAUAUUUGAACAUGGCUUUCUGUCAAAAACAGAAACAGGAAUCCCACAGAGCUUCAAAACUGUGAAUGAGGUGGUGAAGUUUGUCACUAUGGUCAUUUUCACCUCCUCAGCCCAGCACUCAGCUGUCAACACUGGACAGUUGGACAUCGGUGGUUGGAUGCCCAACUUUCCAUCCUCCUUACAACAGCCUCCACCAGUCAUAAAGGGCAGAGCAAAUGAACUGACCCUGCUGCAGACUCUGCCUGACGUCAACACCACAGUAAACACCCUGGCAGUCCUGUGGCUCCUCAGCACACAGUCCACGGAUUUUGUUCCUCUCGGUCAGUGCUACCAAUAUUUCACAGAGGAUGUGUGCUGUAAGAUGAUCCAAGAUUUCCAGAAAGAGCUGAAAGACUUGGAUGAAGCUAUUGACGACAGAAACAAAAAUCUGGAAUUAGCAUACACGUACCUGAUGCCCAAAAACAUGGAAAACAGUGUGGCCCUGUAAAGCUCUUGUGGAUUACACUCAGUCCAUAAUGUUUUUGUUUUGGGUCUCAGAUCCUACUGAUAAUACAAUGAGUUUCAUGACGGAUGAUUCAAAUAUAAUCAAAUGCAUCAACUGAAUCAAAUAUAGAACUUAAGAGGGACUGUUUUGCUUCUAUGGGGUAUAAACUGCAAACACAUAACAUAUUCAGAGCACCAUGUUACUUUUUAUUGAUUUAUAAGUUGUGACACACUGUCUCCCCUCCCUUUGCUCUCUGGACUAAGUCACUCUCCCUUCACAGCACUAUCACAAUACAAUCAGAGUGCAUCUCGCUACAAAACUACUGCACAUCGCUUCAUGUUUGUGAAGUUGUGUACAGUUUUGUAUCAUGUUUUUGUGUAGUUAUGGAGAAUUGUGUGUAGAGAACGGAGACUUGUACAGAAGCUUACUGCUAAUCAUAAGGAGGGUUUGAAACAGGCCCAGGAGAGAUCACUUAUUUACUUUAAGCAUGCAUGGGUGAGGGAAUGGUGGGAAAAAAAACAAAACAAAAAAAAAAGUAUAUUUUGCAU